CUAAACCGGGUUUCCAUCGUUUAGAGGUAUUGUGUUGGAAAAUAGCACCCCGUUCGUGGUACGAUAGUGUACGAGAAAAAUUUGGAGGUGGCGGUUUGGCUUUGUGUAAAGAGGAUUUAAUAUAUAGUGGUUUGGAAAGAUACAAAUUGCAGACACGUUCGUCGGGUAAAAUUAUAAUUGAUAUUAAUUUGGUCUUUCGUAAUUUUGCUAAAUUUGGCAUAGAAUUCAAGUGAUUUCGAAAACUUAAGUCAUGGAUCCUAGGACGUUUUUAUUAAUAUGUCAAUUUUUAAUGAUAUCAUUGGUUGCCACAAAAGCCGUAAAAAUUGGCAUUUCUAAACCUUUACCUGUUACCACAACUCUGGCUCCUAAUACCAACACAAUAGAGGAAACUACUUCUGAGGAAAUCACCACAGAUGUAACAGAUUCUACUUUGCUAUCAACAACUCCCGGUUCCACAACUACUAAAAUCACCACCACCACAACAUCAACAAUAACUAAAGAUGAUUCAGAAUGGCCAGAAUUUCCACCCAAGAAAACUGUAAAAUUCUCCAACAAUACAACCACCAAAAAACCCACUACUACCACCACCAUUAAACCCUCAACAACCACUACCAUCAAAACUACUAAUAAUGAGACUUAUAUCACGGUUAUACCAAAUAUAACCGAACCUGUACCAACUUCCUUACCUAAAUGGCCAAUUAAAGCACAAUAUUGUUUUUGUGAUCUUUCACAAAGCACUUGUGAUAUAAAUUGUUGUUGUGAUCAGGACUGUUCCGUCGAAGCUUUAAAGGUAUUUCGUUGUAAAGCAGAAGAACCCAUAGAAAUGGAAAUACAUGAAGGACGUUUUGAAGAUUUUAAAUUUCAACAUGGUUUACCUUCGUGUGAGAUCAAUGACGGUUGGUUGUGUGUGUUAAGAACCUAUAAACCAGUGAUUAAAGAAGAGGUAACUCAUUCCUUUGAGGAUACUUCCCGUUUUAAUAAAUGGCCCAAUUUAUUAUUGGAAUCGGAAGAGGUCAAAAAUCGAGAAUUUUAUAAAUUCGGUGAUAUAUUGAGAAUAUUUAAUGUAAAAACUAAAGAAAUACAAAAUUUUGAUCUUCCAUCAUCUUAUCAAACUGCCACUUGUCGCCUACAAGAACCCAUUUAUCAUUUAAAACCCCUAAAAAGAUUUUGUCUUGUUCCCUCUUAUGAAAAUUUAAAGGAAAUUGAAAUUAAACUUAAACAACUACAAGAAGACUAUAAAAUUUUCAACAAACCCUCGAUGCCAGAUGAUAUAUACAAUAGUAAAUAUAUGGAAAACUAUAUAAGAAAUAUAACGGUCAAUCAUUGUUAUGAGAAUCAAAAAAAUUGUUCAAAUUAUAUAACAAAGAAAGAAAACAUGAACAAUUUUAAUUUAUAUAAAAUUAAAAUAAAUAUCUUACACAAUUUUACCCAUAUUCAAGAACUAAUAGUGGACUUAUGGCUAAAGGAAACAAAAACCGUGGAAAGUACUAAAACAGAAUAUUGGUUGUCUUAUGAAAUUGAGUUUUUAAAUAAAACUUUAAAGGAAUUUAAAGAAAUCAAUAAAACUAAAACUAAUUACCCACCAGUAAUAUCUGGACCCUUGGGCUAUGUACUGGGUAAACCAAUAAUUCUAGCACGCUAUGAGCCUUUUAAUAAAAGUCUAUCUUUAUCACCUAAAAAUCAAAUAAUCAAUUACUUUAACCCCAAUAAUACCGAGUCCCAUAUUUUAACACUUUUUUCAAAAGAAAAUGGUGAAUGUACCCGUAUUAAUCCUACUAAAGAUUAUAUUGCUUACGGCAUUAACAUUGCUAAAUACUGUAAAAUAAAACUGGAAAACGAAUCGCUUACACUUAAGGAUGCCUCCAAAACUAAUUUCACAAACAUAUGUUUAAAUUUACAACAACAUAUACAUGAACAAUUAUUCGGUGAGGAUUUAGAAAUCGCUGAACUAUCUUCCUACUUAAUAUCUCAAUUGGGUAAACCUGAAAAUGAUUCACAAAAAUGGUUGCCGUUAAAAGUUUUCAACAGCGAUUUUGAUUCAGUAUUUGGUCAAUAUCUACAGGAGUCCAAUACUUUUAUAUGCCGAAAUAUUUUAUUGAGUUUAGCAUAUGAAUUUCAUAUGGCCACCUAUAUGAUUGAAAAUAUUCCCUUGCAAAAUGUCAUUAAACAUGCUGCAUUACAUUUGGCCGAACGUCAUGAUUUGGAAUUUGCUUUAGAUGAAAAUUUGGAAGUACCCAUUACAAUGACAGUGCGUUUUUAUGAUGUUCACGAAAAAGCUGUAUCAGCUGCUGGCAGUUCGAAGGAUUUACAUUUGCUGUAUGGCGUAAUCUUAGUUUUAAUAUUAGUUUUUGUAGAUUUAGAUAAUUAGAUCUAAUAGAUUAUUCUAAAAUUUUUAUUGAAAUAAAUCUAGUCAUGCUAUUAACCA